AUGUCAAAAUUGCAGGAGUUAGAAAACAAUAAAAGGAGAAAGUUAUCCAGCGCUGCCGAUCAAGAGCAUUCUCAACCAUGGGUUGAAAAAUACAGACCAAGAAAGUUGGAUGAUGUUGCAGCUCAGGAUCACGCUGUUACCGUCCUAAAGAAAACAUUACAAUCAGCAAAUUUACCUCAUAUGUUAUUUUAUGGACCCCCAGGUACAGGUAAGACAUCUACAAUAUUGGCACUAACAAAGGAGUUAUUUGGCCCAAGUCUAGUAAAAUCAAGAGUGUUGGAGCUGAAUGCCUCAGAUGAACGUGGUAUCUCUAUUGUCAGAGAGAAAGUGAAGAAUUUUGCUCGUUUAACCGUGUCUAAACCAUCAAAUGAGGACCUAGAAAAUUAUCCUUGCCCUCCUUAUAAAAUUAUUAUUCUAGAUGAAGCUGACUCUAUGACAGCAGAUGCACAAAGUGCUCUACGUAGAACAAUGGAAACAUAUUCAGGUGUUACAAGAUUUUGUUUGAUAUGUAAUUAUAUUACUAGGAUUAUUGAUCCAUUGGCUUCAAGAUGUUCCAAAUUCAGAUUUAAAUCGUUAGAUGCCUCUAAUGCAUUAAGUAGGCUAUCAUAUGUUGCAGAUCAGGAAUCCGUUACUUAUGAAGAAGGUAGUUUGGAGAAGAUCUUAGACAUAUCGGCUGGUGAUUUGAGAAAAGCCAUAACAUUAUUACAAUCUGCAUCGAAGUUAAGCAAUUACAACGAUAACAAUAAGAUAACUCCUGGGCAAUUGGAGGAAUUGGCCGGCAUAGUACCAACUCCUAUACUAAAGGAAAUAGUUGAAAAGGUAGCCAGCAAAGAUGUGAAUAGUAUCGUACAAUAUGUUAGUGAUUUCUGUAAGGACGGAUGGUCCGGCGCUUCUGUGAUCAAUCAAUUGCAUGAACAUUACAUUACUAACGAUAUGUUCGAUACUAACUUUAAAAACCAAGUUUCAAUGAUUCUGUUUGAUACUGAUUCUAAAUUAACAAAUGGUACAAAUGAACGUAUUCAAUUGUUGAACGCACUUAUUAAAAUUUCUCAAGUAUAA